AUAAGUUGGAAAGAGCGAGCUAGGGUUUCAGAUACUCAGUAAAUCUACUCUCUCUUUCUCUCAAACCCUAAAAAAAAAGACCUUUGAGAAAAAUCUAACUAUGGCAAAGACUAGACCAGGCAAGAGAGAUUUGGAUUCUUAUACCAUUAAAGGAACUAACAAAGUUAUCAAAGCUGGAGACUGUGUGCUGAUGAGACCUCCAGAAACUAAUAAAGCACCAUAUGUAGCAAAAGUGGAGAAAAUGGAAGCCGAUAAUCGCAACAAUGUUAAGGUUAAAGUACGAUGGUAUUAUCGACCCGAAGAAUCCAUCGGUGGAAGAAGGCCGUUUCAUGGAUCAAAAGAGUUGUUUCUGUCAGAUCAUUUUGAAGGUGCUCUUACUAUUGAUGGAAAAUGUCUGCAUGUUCACUCAUUCAAGAACUAUAGUAAGAUUAAGGAUGUUGGCACUGAGGAUUAUUUCUGCAGAUUUGAGUAUAAAGCUGCUACUGGUGAAUUCGCUCCUGAUAGAGUUGCAGUGUAUUUCAAAUGUGAGAUGCCUUAUAAUCUGGAUGACCUCAUGGUGCAGUGCGAGGGAUAUUGCAGGGAUUGGUUUCAUCCUUCGUGUAUUGGCAUGACCAUUGUUCAAGCGAAGAAUUUAGGACGCUUUCUCUGUGCUGAUUGUUCCUCCAAAGAUGAGGUCCAAAGAUCUCUGAACAAAUUACCAGUUUCACCAUCAGCCGAAACUAAAGCUGAGGCAAAGCGCCGGAAGAAGUAAUCAGUUGAUGCGGAGUUCUUGGUGCACGAGGAUGAGGUACUCUCUUCACUGUGCACGCGCAAAGCUGGGAUGAUCUAUCAAUGUGUAAUAUGUUUUUACUUUAUGACAUUUCGUUGAUUAGAUGUGGACACUACAUAGUGAU